UUUAUCCAUGUUUUGUAGGAGAGAAAGGCACGCACAGUCAGACAUAGAGAUAAAGGAGAGGAGAGAAAGAGAGAGAGCACCGGAUGUUGAAAUUCAUUAGAGAGGGCUGAUAUCAUCAAAUUUGCUACCAGGCUGGCCACAUAACCGCCUUCGCUCGCAGACGCAGGUGACCCGGUAUCCCGCUCCGCCCUUUACCAAGCAGUGCAGAAUCUGAGUUAGCGAAAGUUUGCGAAAAAGAUGGAGAAGUGCGAGAACAAAUGGUCGAUAUAUCCUUUGAUACAGUGCUCGCUUAUUAACUCAGCUGUAAUGGCCAUCUUAGGGAGCGUUGCCAACAGCGUAAUCCUGUGGUGUAUCUGGACAUGCAAGAAGACGAAUUCUACAGUCAAGUGGCAGCUUAUAAUCAUCUUCUCCUCUCAGUUUCUCAUCUGCAGUCUAUGUUAUCCUGUUCUUAUAAUUUACAACAUACAGAGCUAUUCAUGCAUCCCCGGCAUAGUGCCCAAGGAAGCUGCUACGGUUUUAAUCACAAUAACACAAUAUCUCCUUGUUGUGAAAUUAACAGGUUUAACUACCUUGUCUAUAAUCAGGGCUACAGCGCUGUGGUCGCCGACGAAAUUCGGAGUAAAAAUAAGUGUAUCAGUAGCUGCAGGUGUUGCGAUCUUCGGGUAUCCCCUUCUGGUCGUGCUGGUAAUUAUAGGGACUGGUUUUCAUUGGGGUGCUGUGAACGCGUAAGUGUAAAAGGGUAAUGCUAUAAUUACUUUACUAUAAAUAAUACUAUAAUACUAUAAAUA